AUGAACUAUUUUGGUGGUGCCCCUAUCCCUAACUUCAUCGGAUCUCCUGCCAACUUGGAAUAUCUAAACCUCUCUAAAGCUGGGUUUGGUGGAACAAUUCCUCACCAACUGGGCAACCUCUCAAACUUACUCUAUCUUCAUCUCAGUUCAAAUUUUCAUGAUUACCUUGAUCUGAACUCUUUAGAUGUUGAUAACCUUGGCUGCUGUCUUGAACAUCUCAAUCUUCGGUGGAAUCAUUUCCAUGGCAAUAUACCUCUUGCCAUUGGGAAUCUCAAGAAGCUUCAGUACUUGGAUCUCUCAGUUAAUAGCUUCAGUGGAGACAUCCCAGAAAUUGUGUGCAGUCUCAAGAGCUUGCGAUCGCUACAUUUGUCUGAGAACAAUAUCAGUAGGGGUAUACCAGAAACUGUGGGGAAUCUCAAAAGCUUGGAGUACUUGGUCCUCUCCAAUAACAAUAUCAGUGGUGAAAUACCAAAGACCAUCGAGAGUCCUACAAAGUUGUGGUCUUUAGGGUUGAGUGACAAUAAUAUUGGUGGACAGAUGCCAGGAACCCUAGGGAAUCUCGGUGAGUUGCGCAGCUUAGAUUUAUCAAACAAUGUAAUCAACGGGCAGACACCAGGAACCCUAGGGAAUCUCGGUGAAUUGCGCAGUUUAUAUUUAUCAAACAAUGUAAUCAACGAGCAGACACCAGAGAGUCGGAAAUCUUCAUCACUUGGAAGAGUUAUAUUUGGAUAA